GUUUCGAACCGUCAUUAACAAACCUUUUUGUAAUUUAUAAAAAUGUUUAAGUUGUUAGUAAUUAGUUUAUUUUGCUUUUCUUACGAAAGUGAAUCUGCAAAAAUAUUAGGAAUAUUUCCAAUACCUUCAAUAAGCCAUCAAGUGGUUUUUCGUCCUCUGAUGCAAGAGCUCGCUAAACGUGGACAUGAAGUUACAGUCAUUACGACUGAUCCAGCGUUCGAAAAAGGCCAAACUCCUCCUAACCUGACAGAAAUAGAUUUGCAUGAUUUUUCGUAUAAAUAUUGGAAUGAAUUCCUCGGUGAAGAUGGAAAGGAAAAAGAUCCAGUCUUAUUUAUAAAAUCUGCAUUAGACGUUAUCAAAAAUUUAUUCAUAAAACAAGUAAAAUCAACUCAAGUUCAAGAAUUACUUAAAAGUAAUAAAAAAUUCGAUUUGUUAUUUACCGAAUCUGCUGCGCCACCAGCUCUUAUUUUUUCUUAUAUAUAUAAAACAUCAGUUAUCGAAUUUAGUUCCUUCGGUGGCAUUUUUUCUGCAUUCGAAAGGGUUGGAGCUGUCACACAUCCUUUUAUUUAUCCCAACGUAUUGCACAAAAGAAUAUACAACUUAACACUAUGGGAAAAAAUAAAAGAAAUAUAUAACCACUAUUCAAUAGAAAGUAUUUAUGCUCACCAUAUGUUAUUACAAAAUAAUAUUUUAAGAGAAGAAUUUGGUCCUGAUACUCCUGACCUAGAAGAUUUACUUCAAAAUGUUCAGAUGUUGUUUUUAAAUGUACAUCCAAUUUGGGAUUUUAACCGUCCUGUCCCACCGAAUGUAGUGUAUUUAGGUGGCUUGCAUCAGAAAACUCCAAAGGAACUACCGAAGGACCUUAAAUCUUAUCUCGACUCUUCUAAAAAUGGAGUUAUAUACGUUAGUUUCGGUACAAAUGUCAAACCGUCAUGGUUCCCACCGGAUAAGCUAAAAGUAUUUACAGAUGUCUUUUCCAAACUACCCUUCGAUAUUUUAUGGAAGUGGGAUAGUGCUGAACUUCCAGGACGUCCAAAAAAUGUUAAGAUAUCGAGGUGGCUACCACAGUCUGAUUUGUUACGGCACCCAAAAAUUAAGCUGUUUAUAACACAAGGAGGCUUACAGUCUACGGAUGAAGCAAUUACUGCCGGAGUUCCUCUUGUCGGUGUACCGAUGCUAGGAGACCAAUGGUUUAAUGUUGAACUAUAUACAAAAUUAAAUAUUGGUAAACAACUUAAUAUAGAAACACUGACAAGGGAACAAUUAACACAUGCAAUCAACGCUAUUAUCAACGAAGAAAGUUAUCGUCAAAAUAUUGUCAAGCUGCGUAAUAUCAUGAAUGACCAACCUCAGAAGCCGCUGGAGCGAGCCGUGUGGUGGAGUGAGUACGUACUGAGACAUGGUGGAGUAGAGCAUCUGCGUGCGUCUGGAGCUGGUGUCAAAUGGACUGAGUAUUAUGAACUGGAAUUAGUUAUAAUAUUGUUAGUUAGUAUUUUAAUAAUUCUUGUAAUAGCUUCUGUAGCUGUACAUUAUAUUGUUUCUAAGCUUAGAUAUUACAUGCGUAUUAAAGAUAAAAUAAACUAAACACUCAUAGUGGACUAA